UUUUCAUUGAGUAUAAAAGGGAACGAGAAACUGACAAUAUUUCAUCACUUGUAAAAUGAGAGCGUGAUAAAGUACAGUUUAGGAAUUGUCAUGAAGUGUAAAGAGGAAAAUUUGUGUCUGGUGGUUUUGGCCUUGGGAUUUUUGCAGACUUGUAGCGGAGCUCAUUUAAAAGUGGAAAAUAAGGAGCACAUGUCAAACAAUGACCUCGUCGCCGCGCCUAUUGAAAAGAGGCAGAACAUAGAAAGUGGGACGACACGCACCUCCCGCCAACAGAGAUGGCCCUUCAUUAUUUAUGGCGGGUGUUCUCCAUAUCCCCCGUGGAAGGCGACACCCCCACAAGCGUUUUGGGGUAAUCAGCGUGCCGUACCGUCAAUGAUUUCGUUCGGGUUCAGGUGAUCGGAAAAUUACGAACAAUUUCUCACCUUACAGACUUCUGCGCAAUGAUGGCGAAUGGUUGUCUUUUAUCGUAUGGAGCCUUCAUUAAUUGCGAAGGGUCGGGACCGUCACCGAGUGCCACGUGCAACGCGCCAAUCUCGAGCAGCUUCGACAACUCGUGCACCUUUGUGCCAGGAUGUUCCCUGGAAACAAUGGGGCUUGCUCACGUGUGCACGUGCAGGGGCUGAAAGUGCUCUCCAGCUGACUAAUUAUUUUCGUAGGUGUGGAUGUUUGCAUUUUGAGCGAUAGUUUUGAAAAAAUCUUUGAAUAAACCGUAAUUUUGUCUUGGAUUACGAAAUUUAUUAUUUUCAAAUUUUUAUCUGACUUAUAAAAUUGAACGCGUGAUGUGGGAAAUAAAGGCAUCAAAGUGAUCGUUUUCA